AUGGUUACUUCCAGAGCUGUCACUUUUAUCAAUAAUUCUACACCUGCUACUUUGGUGAAAAAAGAGAUUGACCUUGAUAAAUGUCAUGAUGAAAAUCAAAUUGUUAUACAGGUUUAUGCUGCCAGUUUGAACCCUGUGGACUUGUUGCUUCAUUCUUUUGCCUACAAAUAUGUUGUCGGAUCCUCUAUGAAGACUUACUCUAGGGAUUACAGUGGAGUGAUCGUGAAAAGAGGUAGUAAUGUGGACCCCAAAUGGAAGGUAGGUGACAAAGUCAACGGUAUGUUCAAGCACUUGUACGGAGAUCAAGGUACUUUAAGUGAUUACUUGGUUUUGGAUCCAUCUCAACAAGUUGCUAUUGUACACUCUACUGCUCCUCCUGACUCUAAAUACAACGAGUUUGUAGUCAGCGCAGCUUGGCCCUUGGUGUUUGGAACUGCCUACACGGCAUUGUUCAACUUUGGACAGAAAUUGGGUCCUGAUUCUAAGAUCCUAGUCAUUGGUGCAUCGACAUCCGUGUCAUAUGCAUUGUUAAAGAUUGCCAAGGAAGUGCUUGGUGUCAAGACCAUGGUGGGUGUUUGUUCGAGCAAAUCCGUCGAUUACAACAAGAAACUAGGUUACGAUUACCUGGCUACCUAUGACCAAGGUCCCAUUCCAGAAAGCGUCGGUAAAAUACUAGUUGGAGAACUGAACAACGAAAAAUUUGAUUUGAUAUUUGAUUCGGUCGGUGGGAGCGAUUUCUUCCCUAUUAUAGACAGAUUCUUGAAACCAAAGAGCCAAAACUCUUACUAUCUAUCCAUCGCUGGGGAUAACAAGAUCAAGUACAGUGAGCCCUCUUUAAGAGACGCCAUAUCCCCUUGGACCAUACUCAGAAGAUUAAAUCCUUUCAAAUCCUUUAACUACGGCUUGUUUCUCGUGGAUUCCCAGAGCGAGUACAUGGAAUUAGGUGCCAAGAUGAUCAAAGAGGGCACUUACGAACCUCUGAUCGACUCCGUUUACCCCUUGGAAGAAUUCCAACAAGCCAUAGAGAAGCAAAAGUCAAACACGGCAAAGGGAAAGAUUGUUCUAAAGAUCAAGGGAGACUUGUAA